AUGAUUAUUCUACUUCUAAGCAUCUAUCUUAACAAUAUUCUAGUUUCAGGUUCUACUUCAAGUGACCAAGUCGACCAGACUCCUGCUGACAUUUAUACAAAAGGAGAGGAUGCUAAAGUCUACUGCUCACACAGUAUUCAAAACUAUAACAAAAUCCUCUGGUACAAGCAGUCAGAGAAACAGCUACAAUAUCUGGGAUACAUGAAUAUUGACAAAGGUUAUCCAGAACCAGGAGUGAAUGUAACAAUGGACGGGGGUGCAAAUCAAAAAGAGAACUGCACAUUAACGAUUAAGGAUCUCAAACUGAGCAGCAGUGGAGUGUACUUCUGUGCUGCUAGGAGAACAGGCAGAGAAGCUUACUUUGGAAAAGGAACAAAACUGACUGUAUUAGAAAAAGACCGUACCGCCACUCCACCACAAGAAGUACAAAUACUGAGACCUUCAGACGGUGAGUGCAGAAACAGCAAAGACAAAAAAAGGAAGAAGACCCUCGUCUGUGUGGCCUCUGGUUUCUACCCUGACCAUGUCGAAGUGUAUUGGCAAAUGAACGAGAAAAAUGUCACUGAUGGUGUGGCAACAGAUGAAGCUGCGCGUGAAGGAAAAGAUGACAACGACAAGACUGUGUACAAAAUCACCAGCAGGCUGAGAGUCUAUGCCAAACAAUGGGAAAAUCCUGACAAUACCUUUAAAUGCGUUGUCAAUUUCUUCAAUGGCAGUGUAUAUACAGAUUAUCCAAAAUCUAUUGAAGGAGUUACAGCCAAGACAACGUCUAUGUCAAGAGAGAAGUAUUUGACAACUACACAAAAUUUCAAGGUCGUCUACAGCGUGCUUACUGUCAAGAGCUGUGCCUAUGGAGCUUUCGUUGGAUUUUUGGUGUGGAAGCUUCAGCGUUUUGGUGGAAAGCAGAAGUACUGAGAGCUGAGCUGAAGCCUCAAAAAAUAACUCUGGGACAUGAGUUACCUUGCUCUCUGUAAAUAUCGUUCACAAACAUAGUCUAUUGUUAAAGCACAAUGUUAAUCACCUGUUCAAGUUCUGCUCUUGAUUUUUAUUUGCUUAUUUGUCUUUAUGUAAUUAAUAACUGCCUUUCAAAUAGACUGAUGUCAAUUUCUUUAGACACAAAGAGAUUUCUGUUUGUAACUUCAUUUUCUUCUUAA